AUGUCCAUCUCUAAAAGAGGAACAGAACUUCCCGGUGGGAUUUAUUGUCCUAUCGCUACUUUUUUCCUCGAUACACCAGGACAAGAACUAGAUAUGGAAACUAAUAUCAAACAUUUCGAAUUCCUCGCUAAAGCUGGUGUGGCCGGUGUUGCUGUACAAGGUUCUACUGGGGAAUCUGUCGCUUUGACAAGGGAGGAAAAGAAGAUUAUGAUCCGCACUGCUAAAGAAGUAUUCGAAAGGAUCGGCAAUCCCGGAAUCAUCAUCGCCGGUACUGUCGGUGCUCAAUCCACUUGGGAAAACGUACAAUUGGCCAACGAUGCCGCUGAGGCAGGUGCGGAUUUCAUCUUGACUUUACCUCCGAGUUAUUAUGCACCGGCUAUGACACCUGAUGCCAUUCAGGCGUUUUAUGAGGAUCUCGCGGACCAAUCACCUUUACCUGUCAUCAUCUACUCUUACCCAUCCGUAGUAUCAGGUAUCAACAUGGAUUCCGAUUUGGUCAUGCGUCUCGCUCGUCAUCCCAAUAUCGCAGGUGUUAAACAUACCGAUCAUGAUGUUGGUCGAAUCGCGAGGGAAUGCCGUGAUAAGAAUUAUGGUUCCCCGUUCACCGUACUGGGAGGUGCCACCGAUUAUCUUCUCGGUACCGUCGCUUAUGGAGGUGACGGAGCUAUCACUGGGAUCUCAAACGUCGCACCUCGAGCCACGAUCAAAGUUUACGAGUUGGCAAAAGCUGGGAAAUUCGCAGAGGCUCGUAAGCUCGCCGGGGAGGUAUCGAAAGGAGAGUGGGUGAUGGGUAGGAAUAAAUUCACUGGAGCUAAAUAUUCUAUUCAAUUCGCAAAUAAUUAUCCGGCAUCAGCAGCCAAAACACGUAAACCAGUACCUGAAGUAGAACCUUCCGGACGUAUUCACGUAGAAAGUGAAGUAACACCUUUAGCAGCUAUCGAACGUCAAUUGGAAAAAGAAGGUUUCGUAGGUGAAAUCUUAUCAACCAAAUCGAAUGGAACGACCAAUGGGAUAAAAUUGAAUGGAUUGACCCAGAAGAUUAAGGAGACUGUGAAUAGUUUGUAA